AUGCGGGAUUGGCUCGGGGGAAAAACAGCCUCCACGGUGAAGCCAAACGUCGGCCUUUUCGCAGUGAACGGCUACAAGUGCCACCCACCGAGACGCACAGCUGGGGCGGGUCCCCGUCCUGCGGACGUGAGGCGCUUGUCAGCUCCUGCACGGCUGCUGCCCAAGGUGCAAUCGCUGCCGACUUUGCAGGCCAAGUCCGGGCCAGCCCGAGGUGAGCACCUCCCUGGCUUCUGGCCACUGGAGGACGCGGACGAGGUGAAGCGCAAAGGCUGCCGGUGA